UGAUGUCUAACCAUCUGUUGUUAUCACUGUUUAGGACGUGUUUCUGAUGAUAAGACGCAAGAAGAUGACUGUCUUCUUGGACGCCAAAGAGACCACUUCUGUCAUCGACUUGAAGCGAAUGAUCGCCGGAAUCACGAAAACACUUCCAGAGAAUCAAAGACUUUUCAAAGACGAUGAGGUGAUGGACGACCGGAAGUCACUGACGGACUAUAACCUGAACCCCACGACAGCCAAAGCGCAGUCGCCGGCCACCAUCGGCCUGUCCUUCAGAGACGAGAACGGGAGGUUUGAGACGCUGGAGAUCACGUCGCUGUCAACGCCACCGGAACUGCCAGAUGUGAUGAAGUCUCCAGAAACUCAAUGUCAAACUCACGAUCAAAGUGUCAAUUGAUUGCUGAACACCAGAAAAGCUGACAUUUUUAGCAUUACUUAUGAAUUGUUUAAUCCUUUUCGAUGAAUGCCUACUAUUUUCGUCAUUAAUACUAACAACACGUCUAUUAAACACAAAAAAGUAUUCAUAAAAAUUUAAUUUCAAUUACUAUUAAAACCGUUUUUUGUUUUUACCAUUAUUUAAGAUCUAAUCAUAUUUUUAAAGCUAGAAAACGUAGACUAAAUUUUUUCAAUUAAAAUCUCUUUUAUGAAUGCUUUCAAUCAAUAAGUGAUAACUUUGUAAUCCAGUGCUUAAAAUAACGCAAUUUGGGUUCA